AUGGCCUGGGGCUGGGAACAAUCCGACGACGCUCACCGUGAGGUGUACGGCGAGCAGCAGAAGCACGAGGGUCACCUCUCCCACCAGGUUAUCGCCGGUGCCGCUUCCUUCGAGGCCAUGAAGCUCUUCGAGGACCACCAGCGCAAGCAGGGCAAGACCGUCAGCCACUCUUUCGCCAAGGAGGCCAUUGCCGGCCUCGUCGGCGCUGAGAUCGAGAAGCUCGCCGAAACCAAGGGCAUGGACGAGGUCGACAAGAUGAAGGCUCACCACCAUGCCAAGAAGAACGCUCAGGAGAUGUACGAGCACCACUACGAGCAGCAGCACGGUGCCCCCGAGUUCGACCCCGGCCGUUUCCCUCCCCCUGACCGCUUCGGUCCCGGUGGCCGCGGCUGGCACUAA